UAACUCUUCUAUAUAUAUAAAGUCUCACUAGUACAUACUUUGAUGGAUAAAAUUCAACAAUUUAAACGCGUAUUUGGACACAUUGACAAAAAUGGGGACGGGAAAAUAUCUCCGCCGGAGCUCCAAACUUGCAUUGGAAAGAUCGGCGGAGAUAUGUCAUUGCAGGAGGCAGAGAUGGCAGCGGAGUUGAUGGAUUCGGAUGGUGACGGGUUGUUGAGUAUGGAGGAUUUGGUUAAAGUCGUUGAAAGCGCAAACGAGGAGGAAACCAUUCAUGAUUUGAAGAUGGCUUAUAAAUUGUAUGAAGAAACCGAAGGGAGCGGGUGCAUAACCCCGAAAAGCUUGAGAAGGAUGCUUAGCAAAUUGGGAGAGUCGAGAACGGUUGAUGAUUGUAAGAAGAUGAUUGCUAAGUUUGAUGUCAACGGUGAUGGUGUCCUCAGUUUUGAAGAAUUCCGGGAAAUGAUGGCUUGAUUGUUGUUGUUAUAUACCCUAUGUACAUGUUAUUGUUAGUUAUUCUUUGACACAAAUGAUGAUUUACACACCACUAAAACUACUUGAUAGAAGUUUGUACCAUUUCCAAUUUAAAUGGUACAUGUGACAAUCAGUUUUGAUGGUGUAUAAAUUAUCAGCUCAUUCAUUUGUAAUAUAUCAUUCAUUUUCUUGUCAUUUGUAUACAUUUUCCUUUCUCAU